GCAAAACAUUCUCGCGCAUUUAGCGAUGGCAUAGCCUCCGCCGUUUAUUAGUAGGUCGAGAAGGACAUAAUCCAGUACUUGCGGUCAGUAUUUGCAUAUCAUACCUCGUCGAGGAGCAAGGCAGAGAUGAUUAUGUCAUGUUCUCGACCCCGUCCCUAUACAUGUUGCGACAGCUGGCCCCAGCGGGUUGGCAUCAGUCGCGUGACAUUUAUAGACGAUGUUUGAGCAGCAAGCCUGGCCCUGCUAUUUUCAGGAUGCAUGAAAAUGGAUAUGAACAGCCGAUCGAUGAAAAUGAACUUUUUGAGUAUCAGCGUCAUCGGUGGCUGCGUGAUAACGGAAAGGAGCUUGAUAAGCGCUAUGUCAAGUUCGAUCUCACAGCUUUAAUAACCCAGGCCUCGCGUACAAAAAAGUACAUGCUCGAUGAUUGGAAAUGUGUCAAAGUGGUAAAGCUACCCGAAGGAGAUUACAAUAAAGUCUUGCUAUUGAUCAUGGACAAUGGAAUCCGUAUGAUCGCACAGCUACCCAAUCCUAUUGCCGGCCCUUCUUUCAAUAUGGUUGCUUCUGAAGUGGCAACCCGCAAGUUUAUCUCAUCUGCUAUAAAGUCCAUUCCCAUGCCAACAGUACAUCGUUGGAAUUUUGACCAGAAUAACCCUGUUGGCGCUGAAUGGUUCAUUGAGGAUAAAGCGAAUGGCCAACCCCUUCGAAAAUUUUGGUUCAAGAUGGAUUGCAAUGCACAGCUGAAUAUCGUUCGACAGGUUAUUGAAAUUGAGAGACAAUUGAUGUCUGUCAAGUUUCCAUACCAUGGUAGCCUGUAUUUGAAACGAUGGAUGGUUGGGCGAGGGGAUCCCUAUGUCUUACUGCGUGAUAUGAAAAUAGGAAAGCAGUUACCGUUCCUCGAGCAACUACCGGGGGAUGAAGAAAAAUCAAAAUAUACCUGGGAUUUUGCUAUGGGCCCAUCAACAGACCGCAUGUUGUAUCGAGGCGUCCGUCUUGGAAGGCAACACCACGGCCCAUUUAACUCACUGGGGCAAUACGCUCGCUGUAUAGGUCAGAAUGAGCGGCACUACAUAAAUAAUAUUCGAACGAACCCUCUCAAGCUGAUCGAGCACUUUGGCGGACUUGAUAAUGCCAUUGAAUUCUAUACUCUAGUCUCGCGGUUCAUAACAGCAAGUCAAUUCAUUACUAAGUAUGUCGGGGCCGAUCCAUCGACAAUUUCACAUCCAAACCUGAGUCUCGACAAUAUAUUCAUUGACCCAAAGACGCAGAAAAUUGUGUGUUUGACUGGCUGGCAAGGCACGGUCGUUUCACCACCGAUACUAAAACGUCCAUAUCCUCCCUUUUUAGAUCCCGAAUUUGAGACAAACUCGGGUUCUGGAACAAUGCGCCCAAGAGACCUAUACAAGCAAUUGAUCCAAGAAAUAGACCCUCUUCGCUACCAGCGAAUUUUCAGCGACCCGAAAGAUUAUGCUGUCCGCAUUGCCCCGCUAAAAUUGAUUCGCUGCGCAUCCGAUACUGGAGAUAUGUUUGCGUUACGGGAGGCACUACAAUCCUUUGCUGACCAUUACGAUCGCAUCACAAUUGAAAAUAGCUAUUCACGUGAUCUUCAACCAGGGUUUGCUGAGCUUCAUCAACACGCGCAAGAGAAACUGGCUCGCUCUGAAUUCGAAAUGACUUUUCACCUGAUCCAGGAUGGUCACAAGCUCCCUGGUUCAAAUAUCCCGUACAUCCCUAUGGAUGGCCGCGUGUUAACUGAAGAUUUUCCAUCCGCAGAACGUCAGUGCGUUGAAUAUCGGAAACAUUGGAUGAAUACUGCUGCGGGUGAUGAACUUCGCCUUGCUUUACAUAAAAAAAUAUGGCCAUUCGAUAACUCGUUUAAUGAGGAUGAUGCGGGAGUGAUGCGUGGAGAUAUAAAAGAUCACUCGAGAGAAGAUGCAACCGAGGAAUUAAAGCGAAUACUAGAUUUGGUUGAUAAGGAUCUAAAACAAGAAGAUAUACUAUCGAGGAAAUGACUUUUGUCAAAAUUUCAUGCUAUCUGUUCAUGGGCAUGUGUUCAGAAAAGCAAUUGUAGAUUAUUCAUUAGGGUAUGUUUCCGUCUAUAUGGUCUAUGUCUAUAUCAAAUCCAAAGCAAAUCUAUAAUAUCAAGUUGAAGAGUUGGGCUCGUGUUGACAGGGGUAUCGGACGCGUAUCACGAUAGCACCAAUCAUCUCACUGUUCAUUAUCAUAAAGCAUCAUGUACAUCGCAAGCAUCGAUGGACCUCAGAGGACGUUUCUACACCUCGUAGUGCUUGGCCCAGUAUCCAAGACGCUGUUGG